GAGGAUUCGAGAGCCGUCACUUUUCUGGUCGUAUUACCAACGGUCGCACUGACUGACAUUUCCAGGUUUUCCCAACGAUCACGGUUACAGCAAGUGAGAGCACCCUAUCGUAGUACUACAAGGUCAACAUUCAUACCUUGACCUUUGAAUUUUUAUCGGUCGUCCAGACAAAUCAUUUAGGGUCCUCCAGCAUGCAGUUUCUGUACAAUUUGGAGACGACGGUUUUCAACCGAAAAGGUGCCGCCAUCGUUCUGAUUGGCAUCUGUAUGCUGGCAUCGAACGACUGCGCACAGGGUGGUUUUGCCCGAUCAGCGUCAGGGAGGAUGCGGCGUCUUGCAGGAUACAUUCCACCUGAUACCCUUCCGGAUCAGAUUGAUUUUGAUCACACCGCCACCUUUGUCAAACGACCGGCCGGCGAGGACGCUCCGGGAAUGAGCUAUCAGGAUCUAAGGUCACUCCUGCGCCUGCAACCAUUAGUGUCGGAGGCGGAUGCACUUACUCCGGGAGAGGGCCGAAAGAGUACUUGGUAUCUUGGAUAAACUGCAUGUGUAUGUAUUGCAUCGCAUGGUUAUGAGUUUUGCUAAUAAUUAUGUUUCGAGUGCACAAAAUUUAUUGCUGCUUUAAGCUUAACAGGGAGGUGAAUGGUGAGCUACAAUAAUGCUUGAUUGAGCGUAAUUGUGUUUUCUUUAUCAAAUUUUCACUCUUCCUGAUCUUGUGGAUUUUACUGACAAGACAUUUAUGUGUUACCAUUGAGCAGUUUGUUAUUGCUGACCGUAGCCAUCGAGCAAACCGCUUUGAUUUGUUGUUCACCCUAGGAAAUUAAUUUUGUAGAUAUUACGUUGCUUCUCAUAGAAAUAUCAAAUUUGUAAUUGUCUGCGUGUCUAGUAAUUUGCUAACGUAAUUCCUUCUGGCGCUUGAUAUUAUGCAAUAAAUCUGCAUA